CAAUUUAUACUGCAACCACAGGAACAGAGACUUUCAGAGACUUUUAUGCGUGCUCUUGUUACCUACUAACACAUAAUAAAGUUAAAAAUUCAAUACCUUCAUCAAUAAUCAGUACAUAUACCAGUGGGGGUUGGGAUGUUCACUUGCACGCUCUACCACUGUAUGAAAGUAAAACGCAGUUCCCGGGCAGGGCCCUGUAUAAUACUUCCAAAGCUGUCGGCCGGGAGUUUACCUAUUAAAAAACGACAUUAGGCGAUCUAAGGCGAACCAUUCAUUACUUAAUUAACCGAUUUAUAAUAAUGAUAUUUAGCUGCCUUGACAGGCGUAUCCCAGUGCCUUUCUAAUUUACUUAUUACUUAUUCAUCAUUCUUUUAUUUUAUGCCCAGUCCGUUUUGAUGGACGUAGCUUUGAGCCGUUUUUAUUUAGUUAAUGGUAUUUACACUUAAGUCGAAGUGAACACACGUUAGACGGCAUGUCCUAGUAAGUCCUGCUUAACAUCUGCUUAACUUAUGGUUAAUAAUCGCUCAAUGGGUAAUAAUAAACUGCGUUUAUCAAUGAACCCUGAUUUCUACCUGGCAUGCCCUAAAUCAACGACAGUAACAGAUAAGAUCCUUGAAUUCGUCCUUGCCUACCCCUCUUGUUAGUUUUAUCUUGUGUCAGCAAUAUGGCGGGGUUUAAAGGAACGGUAUAUUGCGUAUGCAUGACGCUUGUCUUACUUAAAACCAGUAUUCCCGCCUCAGCCAUAUGUAAUGAGACGUUCUAUGACGCUGGUAACAUCACUAUUCCCUCCAAUGAAACCUCGUGCACUUUUUUCCUAGAGUGUUCCACCAACAACGAAACUGUCCGGGGGAUGGUACUUAUGUUUAGGACAGUCCCCGCUGAUAUCACCAAACUGCAGAUAAGAGACGGACGAGGUUACGUGCUUGGUGAUUACAAAGACGAUUCUUCCAUCCCCAUUGGUGUCUCCACAAUGGAACUCAUGGAUAAACCAGCUUUGAGGAUCGAUCUUACAAGGUCUCUGAAGGAAAGACGUAAUUCAUCAUUUGCCAAUUUUACAACAAAAACAUCCGAGGAAAUGGAAGGUACUACGAUCCUGACGGCUGCUGAGGGUUCCAUCUUCUCUCCAGCAUGGCCGGCGAAUUACCCCGCUAACAUGGCUUUGAACUAUGCUAUACACACAAAAUAUGACAAUGGAAAGAUUACAGUAAAGUUCAAGGCUUUUAACUUAGGCAAUGGAUCUCUUCUUUUUAUGGCGAGCACUGAGCAGGAUGAAGUUGUUUACUCAUCAGCCUCCCCUCCAAGUGACUUCCACGCCAAGGCAAACAGGGUAGCUAUGUUAUUCGUCAGUAAAAACUCAACUGGGCAAGGGUUCCAUAUUGUUUACAACGAAGUGUGUCCAUACAAUAACGAGGAGGUGUCGUGCGAGGAGGCACAAAAAAGAGGACAGAGGUGGACAGUGGUGGUGGUUCUGGGCAGUAUAGGCACCGUGCUGGCCCUGAUUGCACUGGUCGCCUUCUUCUACUGGUAUAUAAAGAAGAACUACCACAAAAUUGGGUAUCAAGACUUCUCUGAUCCCAGGCACGGCAUGAUCAAUUAGGGCAAUUAACUGAAACCACAACGAAGGGAACAGAGACUUAGAGUUUUUUUUUUUUUUUUUUUGUAUGCUCUUGUUACUUAUGAGGAGGAACUUUCUGGUCAUAUCCUGCAUUUCUGCAUUCUUGCAAAUGAAAAUUUGAAAUCUAACGAAAGAGAGAAAAGGAAAUGAAAGAGAGAGA